AUGCAGUACAACAUGCCAGUUAUAGAAACCUUACUAGCACUCUUUCUCGCAUUUCUUCUAUCGUUGCUAGCUAUACAAGCUACAGGAGCCACCGAUCAAACCCCUCUCGGAACACUUUCAAAGGUGUCUCAGGUUAUCAUUGCAGGCGUCAACAAUCAACCUACCAUCGAAGGGUCCCAGCGAUUGAACCUCCUCGCAGGAGCUCUAACCAAUAUAGGCGGCAGUCAAGCGUGCGAUCUCAUGGGCGACUUUCGCGUUGGUUACCUCCUCGGAACGCCAUCCCGCCAACAGUACGCUGCGCAGAUGAUCGGUACCUCCCUAGCCACGUUCAUAUCGCCGGGAAUAUUCGUUCUCUUCGCCACAGCCUACCCCUGUAUUUUGACGACUGAAGACACCGCACACUGCGAAUUCUCCGCCCCCUCCGUCAGCGCCUGGAGGACCGUCGCCGUCGCUGUGACCGAGCCUAAACUCCCAAUCCCCUCGUCCAGCCUCGCCUUCGCCGCCCUCAUGUCCCUUCUCGGCAUCUUUGCCGUCCUGGUUCGGCACUUCCUCUGGCGAGGUAAGUGGGCCAAGAUGCGCGCUUACCAUCCGAACAUGAUGAUCCUGGCGAUGGCGUUCACCCUGCCGGCAGCGCAUUACGGCAUCGCGUUUUUGAUCGGCUCGUUGGUGGCCAUUACGUGGAGGGAAAGGUCGCCUAGGGGGUUCGAGGCGUUUGGGUAUGCGGUUGCGGCGGGGUUUAUUGCCGGCGAGGGGAUUGGAGGGUCUGUGAACGCGGCGAUGUCGAUCUUGGGGGUUGGUGGGAGUAGAUUCGGUUCGGUUGUGGGCUGUCCGGCUGGGCAGUGUUGA